AUGGCUCAAUCACCGGAUGAUGCUUUGAAUGGCUCUUGGGUGGAGCUGGAGGGUCUGGUGGCUUCUGCGAGUCAAACAGAAGCAGAUUCAGGAGCACAGGACAGCCCGGCCUCGCUCCUGCAGGGGGAGCUGGAGAGGAUUCUCCUGGAAGCUCAGCUGGAGUGUGAGAGGAGCAGUCAAACUGAAAGUCCUCCGCAGGUCGUGACCCCGAGAACAUCCGGAUCUCCCAAACCAGCCAGUGAGGGCAGCAGCAGCACAGACUGUGUGACUAUACAGUCGGAUGAGAAUGAGAGGCGAGUGAGUGCUGAAUGGGUGUGGGAUUGGUCAAGUCGGCCAGAAAACCUCCCGCCCAAAAUAACAGAGCGAUUCGCCCUCUUCUUGACCACCAGCCCACCAUCGUCAAGUCCGUCUGCUGUUCCAUUGUUAAACACACCAGCCGAUUCACCCCCAAACCCUCCGCUGACAGCAGCUCACCUUUUACCAAAAAUGGAGUAUGAGGAGAAAAAGACUGUAGGCUCCAGCCCCAGUGUCCUCUCCAGUCCCCUGAGUCCUGUCCAGUGUCAGCUCCAGCCCCUGAGUCAGCUCCAGUGUCAACUCCAGCUCCUGAAUCGGCUCCAGUGUCGGCUCCAGCCCCUGAGUCAGCUCCAGUGUCAACUCCAGCCCCUGAGUCCAUUUCAGUCACGGCUCCAGCCCCUGAGUCUGCUCCAGUGUCGUCUCCAGCCCCUGAGUCGGCUCCAGGGGUUUGUGUUUCAUCACCCAAAGCAGUCCAGCUCUGAGGUGACUGAGGUGAUGAAGAAGGGUUUGUUUUCCUCAGACGUGCUCCUCAUCCUCCUGCCCUCUCUGAUCGCCUCACACGCUUUGACACUGGGUCUGGGAAUUUACAUAGGGAAACGGUUGGCCUCCUCCUCCACCAGCACACUGUGACAUGUGACAUUUGGCAGCUCACUGAUUGGCUGAGGAUGCUGCCAUUAGCACUGUAGCCCAAUCACUGCUCUUUUCUCCUUCUGUGAUGGACAACAGCCUCUUCUGCCUCUGUCUGUGUUUGUCCUGUUUCACCACAAAACCAGUCUGUCUGUGUCGCUUUCUCUGUCUCCACUUAUAAACAGAGGACAUAUCAUGAGGAAUCAAACUGUGCUUGAUAUUUUUAGAUAAAAGAGCCUGAUGUUCUA